AUGAACGUGAGCUCCGUGACGGAUGUCAUCGUCAAGCAGAUGAUGUGUUCCAGCGCUUUUAGGACGGCCAUGGUCGACGGCUACUCGGGCACCCCCACGCAGGGCCCCUUGCUGACCGGCUUCGAGGCGGAGGACUAUCUCUGCGGCUGCUGCCUCAUCCCUUGCGGAGCCUGUGAAGGUAGCCUCAACGUGGGAGGAGAUUUGACGAAUCCUGCGGACAUCUCUACGGUGAUCACAUCCAAGUUGGCUGAGCUUCGUGGAAAGGUCAGUGCAGACAAUCUGUUUUCACCCACCGGUGCCAACGGCCAGGCUUUUGAGGACAUCUUCAACGAAGCCUCCCUCUACUUCAACGAAGUCUGCUUGACCGGAUGUGCUGCUGAUUUCAGUUUGGUGAACGGCAGCGCGACUGCCCGUGAGUAUGUCUACGACAUGACCCCUGACAAUCCGCUCAAACUCGCCUUCGACACUUUGAAGGGCUACUCCGGCAGUAGGGCUGAGAUCCUUUCCAUCCAGAGCGUCAUCAGCAACGACUUCAAGUUUGAAGCCUUACCCCUGGAUGUCUGCCCCUAUCCGGCCAAACGAUGUGUGCCCAUGCCCGGUGUGGGCUUCACAGAACUUACGGAGGGUUCAUCCUACUGCACCUUCGAAAUGACUGCGGACGUCGUCAACGCCCUGGGAUCCGCCAUGACAGACACCAUGGAAGCAUUGGGCAUUGCAGACCUUGCGUCCAGCCUCUCAGACACUGUCGGAACCUGGGUCGGUGAUUUCCAGACCUCGAUCGAUGCCUUCCUCAUCACGCUUCUCGCCUCCUUCCUCGUGGGCUUCAUCUACAUGGUAGCACUGCGCUUCCUUGUCGGCGUCUGCGUCUGGCUCUCCGUCUUCCUCUUCUUCAUAGUCCUCUGCCUUGGUGGUGCCUUCUCCUUCAUCAAGUCCUCGCAGUGCUCCGGAGUUGGGAUCUUCGAGACCGGCCAGACCAUGUUCGUCGGUGCCGUUACCACGGCCGCGGUGGUCAUUGAGAACGCCAUCAGCCAAACAACGCCGGCUUCCGAGGAGCUCUCGGGCUUGUAUGGCUCGAACUACACAGGUGUGCAGCGCUACAGCAAGCUCGGCAAGCUGUGCUACGAGUGGGGUGAUGCCGCGAUCCCGGACUCCCGGGGCCCCCUCUACACGGCGGCCAACUACCCCGACUCGAACUUGGUCUCGAACUACUGCCGAAAUCCAUUCCAGGACUCCGACCGCUACAAGGCAAAGACCAUCUGGUGCUUUACCCAAGACCCAGACUACAACUGGCAGGAGUGCAACCCUAUUGGGCAGAUCCGACCGGUUUGCGACGGAGGCUAUGACAUCAACAGCGAUGAGCUGCGGAUCGUCCUCGAGAUUCUUGCCUACAUCCUCUGGGUCCUCGCUUUCAUUUACUGCAUUGUGGUCUGCUGCCUGACAAACAGGAUUCGCUUGGCCAUUGCAGUGAACAAGGUGGCUUCCGUCUUCGUGGUGCACACACCCACCAUCCUGGUCUUGCCUGCUGUGCAGGCCUUGGUCGCUGGGCUCUGGACUUUGAUCUGGGGCCUCUCGGCAGCCUUUCUGCUGAGCCAGGUUCCUGAUGACUACGUGCCCAAGACCGUCUUUGCAACCUACGCCGAAGCCUACGGCACCUCCGACACGCCCGGACAGUGCACCGGUACCUGGCCGACCGGCUCCGUGUGGAAAGACGAGGAGGGCUGUGAGCUCGUGAAUGGGACCAUGGCUUGCUGGCGGUGCUCCCAGCCGCGCUAUGGAUUCGACUGGCGAUUUGCCGUGUCUUUCUUCGUGUAUUUGUGGAACAAUGCCUUGAACAUUGCCAUCGGGCAGAUCAUCAUCGCUGGCGCCGUGGUUGUGUGGUUCUUCACCAAGAACACCAACAAGGGCAAAAAGAAUGCCAUCCGCCGAUCACUUUGGAUGGUCUUCCGCUACCAUCUGGGCUCUGUCGCCUUUGGCGCCUUCAUCGUCGCCCUUGUCCAGUUCAUCAGGUACAUGCUCAAGUACUACGAGCAGCAGGCCAAAGCACAGAAGAAUCGGAUUGUGGUCAUGAUCCUGAAGGUGCUCCAAUGCCUCAUCUGGUGCUUUGAGAAGUGCAUCAAGUUCCUCAACAAGAACGCCUACAUCCAGAUCGCGCUGAAGGGCACGAACUUCUGCACUUCGGCAAAGAAGGCUUUCUUCCUCAUUCUGAGGAACGCACUGCGAUUUGGAACUGUCGCCAUUCUGGGAAGCAUGAUCCACGUCAUCGGUAUCAUGUUCAUCACUGCUGGCACGGCUGUUUUGGGAUACUUCACCCUUUCCGGACUCCAUCCAGCUAUGGCCCCGGCUGUCCCCAUGAUUAUCUACAUCAUCUUGGGCUACGUCGUGGGCCGCCUCUUCACUAGCAUCUUCGAGCUUGCUGUGGACACCACCUUGCAGUGCUUCCUGUGUUGUGAGGAGAUGCAAAUCGCUGAGAUGGGUCCCGAGGGCUUCGUGCCUUCACAGCUUGGUCCAUGGCUGGACAAGUCGCAGCCUCCCGAGAAGGCCUCAGAGAAGAAGGUGAUGGAAGAAGAGGCGGGGCAGAUGUAA